AUGGUCAGGCCAGCCCCACAUAUGGACGAGGUGAAUGCGAGGGACGAGGCAUCGGACGAGGAUGACUCUUUGAUCAACCCAGAACCACCAGCGGAGCUGCGGAGGUCAACCCGGCAACGACGACCCGUCGAGCGACUCAACCUGGCGCAUCAAGUGGUGACCAGUACCAGCACUGGAGCCUCUACCGAUUUAAAUGAGACCUUAAAUGCCACAACUGGAAAGAUAACCAACGUAGGAAAUACUUCGAGUUCUCCUGCAACCAACAAUACAUGGACUAUUCGAGGACGCAGAGGAACCAUUAUAGCUUUCAACCUAACAUACAUGGAUAUGGGUACAAAUGAAAUCUGUGCAGCUGAUUUCAUUGAGAUAUUUGAUGGACCGUCGACACUUUUUAGGUCAUUUGGGAAAAUGUGUACAGCCCGGCAAAUACUGACAUUGUCAACAACAAACUUCAUGCAUGUGGAAUUUAAGACAUCAGGAAAUGCGACAUUUCUAGCUACCUAUAAAAUUUUAGAUACAAACAUCACGCUAACCGAGCCUCAGGGUUUCAUCUCUAGCCCUGGUUAUCCACUGGGUUUCCUAAAGAACAAGUUUUACACCUGGACUAUACAAGGCAAGCCUGAUACGUUCAUCAUUCUUAAUUUAAUUGAUUCCAACUUAGACGUCUUGGGUUGUUUCUAUAACUCCCUUAAUAUAUACGAUGGACCUACAGCUAAUUCGUCAUGUUUGGAUUCCUGCUUGAUGUCACCUCGGCUGAUUGUUUCAACCAGUAACUACUUACACAUUGUGUUCUACAGUACUAACUCUAUAAACUUUAGAGGCUUUUAUGGAAAGUACGAGAUCAGAGGUACAAUACAGAGAGCAUAA